AUGCCUUUCGCGUGGAAAGCCGCAGGUCUUACCUACAACAAAUAUCUGUCCGUCGCGGCACGAGUUGUCCGACGAAGCUUGAAGGAGGACAAACGAUUGAUUGCUGAGCGGAGAGGAGAGAUGGAUCUCAAGUUCUCGAAAUGGAACAACGGCAAGCAGGGCGAGAGCAAGAGCCUCGCGGAGGCAAACAGUGCUUCGAUGGCAGAGGCUGGCUCGCAGUCAUCAUCUUAG